AUGGCUGCAACCUUAGGAACUACCAUGGCUAUGCUUCAUCAUAGGUGCUUCGCCAUCAAGUCCUCCAAAAAUAUGAGCACUUAUAAACCAACCACGAAACCUAUUUCCCUUCUGACCCUCAAAGACAUACCUAAAAGCUUCACCCCCUUCAAAUCUCCUAUUAACUCCAAGUGUUCCACUUUGAUCACCAGCACCAUCGUUUCCACCUUGAUUUCUUGCGGUCCUGCUUUCAGUGCGCAACAAAUAGCGGAGAUUGCAGAAGGCGAUAACCGUGCCCUGGCACUCCUACUCCCCAUCAUUCCAGCUAUACUGUGGGUGCUGUACAACAUCCUUGGGCCAGCUUUAAACCAAAUUAACAGAAUGAGAAGUGAGAAGAGCAAGUGA